AUGUUUAAAAGACAACAGAUUAACAAAAAUCUGAUGGAAGGAAGUUUUGUCAAAAAAUACAUUACUGAUAUUCUUCGGAAAAAAAGUCAUGAACCUGGAUGUUAUCUCAUUCAAUGGAACGUUGUCCAUCCAUUUCAUUACCAUAUUGCUCGUCUUAACCCAAAAUUUAACAGCAAAAAUGCAAAUGAAGAAGAAAUAUUGUAUGAAAUCAUUGACUAUUCUCAAAAGAAAUAUAAAGAAGCAUUUCCUUCUAGCACAAAUCUUUUGGAAUAUAUCAAAAGUAGUAAAGCAAGCCAAAUGUUGAAACCUGAUAAAUUUGCUCCUUCAAAUCUGUUGCUAUGUAAACCUGAAAAUUAUACUGGAAUACAAGAAUCAGUGACAAAACACUCACAACCUGAUAUACUUUCUCAGUCAGAUAUUCUUUUCCAAACAGAACAAGCUGUUAUUGGAAGUGGUGUGUUCACUGAUGUAAAGGUUGGUGUUUAUAAAGGAAAUGGAAAUAAACCUGUGGCUGUUAAGCAAUUGAAAGACUUUUCAGAUUCUCCAUACUAUUUACAGUUUUUCUUGAAUGCUAUUGAGGAUCAUUAUCUUCUGUCAAAGAAUCCAUCCUUUUUACAAAUGGAAGGAAUAAUUCUGAAGCCAAAAUGUGGUCUAGUAAUGGAAUAUGCAAAUCAUAAAAGCAUCAGUGAAUUUCUCUGUCGGAAUACUGACGUUCGUGUUGGGUUGAUAUUGAAAAUGGCAGCUAAGGUUUCAGAUGGAUUGACGUGUCUGCGGAGACAGAGUUUGGUUCAUGGUAACCUUCACUGUCGUAAUUUAUUGUUGUGUACAAUGAGCCAAGUGAAAAUAGCCGACGCAGGACUUGUCAAAGUUACAGAUCAUCUACCAUUAGAUAACCAAGUUAACACUGUCAGAAAACCCUGGUUGGCACCUGAGCUACAAAGUAAUUUACAGAAACCCACUUGUGAAUCUGAUAUGUUUGCAUUUGGAAGUUGUCUUUGUGAAAUGUUAUGUUUUGAUUGCAAUCCUCCGCAAGAAAACUUUCAAAAUCAAGCUAACUGUGCACAUGUUUGCCGUUUACUGAUUGAAUCCAAAGCUGCCAGCAAGAAUGAUGGCAAUGCCGAGCAGCUUGAUGCGAUCUACAAGGAAGUUCAUUCCUUAAUACUUGAGUGCCGUGCAAAAGGUAGUGAAUGCCGACCUAAACCAGGUGAUGUAAGCAAAAUAUUACUGCAGUUGGCUGAUAAAUUGAUGAAUGUACCGGAAUUAAAGUACAGUGAUGAUGACAUCGAACUCAUCAAAGCAGUGCACAGCAGUGACAGUACACAAACUUUAUGCAAUCACAAAUGGAAUAGAGAAGUUUUAAGACCACCACCAAUCACAGAAGAGCUAAAACGCCUUUGUUCGCAAGUUCCAAGAACCAACACAUCCGUAGCAUUGCCCAAUCCACUGGAAAUAUUUAGAAAAGACAUGGCUAUGGAGUCUGUUCUUGGACAGGUAAGGAAAAAAAAAACAGAUUAAUUUUAUGUGCUUUUU